AUGGCUUUUGACCGUCACAUAUCAAAUGCGUUAAGAAAUCACCUGUUUCAAAAGGCUGGAAAUGAAACAUCUGGCAUGGACCUUCCAGCCAUAAACAUUCAGAGGGCUCGAGACCAUGGUGUACACCCUUGCAAUGAUUAUAGAGAAUGGUGCGGUUUAAAAAGAGCUCACUCUUUUGAAGACUUAGGAGAGGUUAUGAGCCGAGAUUCGUAUGUAGCACUAAAAAGUGUCUAUGAGCACGUGGAUGACAUUGAUUUGUUUCCUGGUAUUAUGUCUGAAACUCCCAUAAAAGGCGCUUUGGUCGGACCGACACUGGCUUGUCUCUUAGCCGAACAGUUUCAACGCUUGAAACGUUGUGAUCGUUUUUAUUAUGAAAACGAUGUAUCAGCAACUCGAUUUACACCCGGUCAGUUGGCUGAAAUCAGAAAAACGAAACUUAGUAAGUUGAUUUGCGAUAACAGCCAAUACGGCCGACGCAUUCAGUCAAACGCCUUUUUGAUGCCGGAUGAUCUCACGUCA